GGGGAGGUGAGAGGCGCUUGAAGUGUUUGUUGUUCAGCAUCAGAGUGCUGAACUGCUGGACAGCUCCCUGCAGGCAGCAUUGCAAGCCUGUUUCCUGCUCUGAACAGGGAAAACAGUAGGGCUCCCACCAUGCAGCCAGCAAUGAUGAUGUUCUCCAGCAAAUACUGGGCACGACGGGGCCUUUCUCUGGACUCAGCUAUGCCUCAAGAGUACCCAUUAUCCAGGAAUGUAACUCUAAACAAAACAAAUUCUGGUAGAAGUGAUGAUAAAAAGGCUAAUAAAGGUACAAGCAAGAAUGAGUCAACAUCUGAAGGUGGUAAAACUGCUGUCGUGUUUUCUUUAAAAAAUGAGGUUGGUGGCUUGGUAAAAGCUCUCAGACUUUUCCAGGAGAAGCAUGUGAGUAUGGUUCAUAUUGAAUCCAGAAAAUCCAAGCGAAGGAAUUCAGAGGUAGAAAUUUUUGUGGAUUGUGACUGUACCAAGAAAGAAUUCAACGAACUCAUUCAGCUGUUAAAGUAUGAAACAAACAUUGUAACUCUGAAUCCUCCAGAAAACAUCUGGACUGAUGAGGAAGAGCUGGACUGUGUGCCUUGGUUUCCCCGAAAGAUUGUUGAAUUAGAUAAAUGUUCCCAGAGAGUUCUCAUGUAUGGCUCCGAACUGGAUGCAGAUCAUCCUGGAUUUAAGGACAAUGUUUACCGACAGAGAAGAAAAUAUUUUGUAGAUGUUGCCAUGAGUUAUAAAUACCCAAGCAGGAUUGAAAUUAGGAUUUCUACAUGCAAAAUUGGCCAACCAAUUCCUAGAGUAGACUAUACACCUGAAGAAAUAAAAACUUGGGGCGUGGUGUUCAGGGAGCUUUCAAAACUCUAUCCUACUCAUGCUUGUCGAGAAUACUUGAAAAAUUUCCCAUUACUGACAAAGUACUGUGGCUAUAGAGAUGAUAAUGUCCCACAAUUGGAGGAUGUCUCUAUGUUUCUCAAAGAAAGGUCUGGUUUCACAGUCAGACCAGUGGCUGGAUAUUUGUCCCCUCGUGAUUUCUUAGCUGGUCUGGCAUAUCGAGUUUUCCACUGUACCCAGUACAUACGGCAUGGUUCGGAUCCCCUUUAUACUCCAGAACCGGAUACAUGCCAUGAACUCCUGGGUCAUGUGCCUCUGCUUGCUGACCCCAAAUUUGCCCAGUUUUCUCAAGAGAUUGGUUUGGCUUCUCUGGGAGCAUCUGAUGAAGAUGUCCAAAAGCUUGCCACUUGUUAUUUCUUCACUAUUGAAUUUGGCCUUUGUAAGCAAGAUGGACAACUGAGGGCUUAUGGAGCAGGCCUUUUGUCUUCUAUUGGAGAGCUCAAGCAUGCUCUGUCUGAUAAAGCCAAUGUGAAAACAUUUGAUCCAAAGACAACCUGCUUGCAAGAAUGCCUUAUCACAACUUUCCAGGAAGCUUACUUUGUCUCAGAAAGUUUUGAAGAAGCCAAAGAAAAGAUGAGGGACUUUGCAAAAUCAAUCAAUCGUCCCUUUUCUGUUUAUUUCAACCCCUACACCCAAAGCAUUGAAAUUCUGAAAGACACCAGAAGCAUUGAAAAUGUUGUCCAGGAUCUCCGAAGUGACCUGAAUACGGUGUGUGAUGCUUUAAGCAAAAUGAAUAGAUAUUUGGGUAUCUGAUUUCUUAGUGAUGUGGUUUUGAAGAAUAGCUAGAUGCUGUAACACCAUUAUAAGCUACAAUGACUAUUUUAGCAUUGUCUAUUUCUUCUCUAAUGCAUGGCUACCACAUUUGCUCCGUGUUCUCCUCUACUUACAUGUAACUUGAAAUACACCAACACUAACCUACAAAUAUUUAAAGAAGAGGAUUGCACAGUUUUUUUAUCAAUUUGCAUAAAUUUAAAAAAAGCUUCCUUCCCAUAUUUACAGAGUUACAAAUAGCAUUUGCUGUCAUAUCACAAAAGAACAAUUAAAGACAAAAUAUCACCAGUCAAUCAUACAUGGGAAGUUAAACUUUAGUAAGUAUUAUAUAUUUUUAAAGAAAAUCCUUAUGCAUUUCAAAAUAAAACCACUAAUUUCCUGAAGAUAGUAGUAAAUAAAGCCAAAUAUUUUUUGAAAAAACUCAAGAUGAUGGUCUUAAAAAAUAGGCAAGUCUGUGUAGCGAGUUGUGUUUCUACCUGAAACUAUAGAUUUGUUGUGAAACAUAAUUUGGUCUGAAACACAUCUUUCUAUGCAGCUGUCUUGUACUUCUUGCUGCUAAGUAGGGAUUUUAGGAGCACAGCCAUGUUUUGCUUCUUGUAGGGUCUGGUAACACAUUUUCUACCACAUUUUGCAAACAACAUAUUUUUAGCCACCAUAGAUGUUGAGAUGUUACAGACAAACAUUCUGCCCAAUCAUGGACUUGAAACCAAAGAGAAUAUCAUCAUUGAUGCUAAAAUAUCACAUCCUGCCAUAAGGCUGGGUAUCUUUGCACUAAUCCAUUUUAAUCAUCUGGGCUCAUGGAAACGAAUCUCUUAUCAAAUUUCAUCAUUCCUCACAACUUCUUCUCUUCUGUCAACCUCAGUUUGACAGAACAAAUCAGCGUCUUUGAUGUCUCAGUAAAACUUAACAGUGAACAUAUAAACAUUAUGUUAGACAGAAAAAAUACAGUUUGCCCUAUGUAGCCACAUACUUUUAGCUUCCAUCUCGAACAUAUCACAUAUCUAUACAAAAACUCAAUGCUCUAUCCACACUUUUUUGUACCCACUUGAGAGAGAUACUUAACUGAUGAAUUAAAGUAAGCAUCAGGAAACUGAACUACUCACCCUAUGAGACCAAUAGACAAAUCAAUAGAGCCAGUUCCAUUCCCAGAGAGGAUAUGUUAAAAGACAGAAUACAGAAAUAGCAUAACAGAAAACCACUGAUUGUCACCUACAACUCACAGUUUAAGUCAGUCAAACACAUUAUUAAUGAUUUAUACCCCACUGUGAGAAUCAGCUUGUUCUACUGAUUGAGGCAUCAGGCUGGGAACUGGGAGACUUAAGUUUUAGCCCUGCCUUAAGCAUGAAACCAGCAAGUUACUCUCUCUCAAUCUAGGAAGCAGGCAAUAGAAAAACAUUUCCAAAAGAAAACUUUAGGCAGUCACCAGGAGUUCAUAUAGACAUAGACAGACACACCCACACCCACACACUCACAUGCACCCACUAAGCAGUAUACUUUCUUGGACCCUGAGUGGCAGACCCACUCUUGCAAAUAUGUAAUAGCAAUAUCACUUAGACUUAUAUACAGCUUUAUAGUGCUUUACUUACUCUCUAAGCGGUUUACAGAAUCAGCAUAAUCACGUAACAGGAAGUAGAUUCUCACAAGCAGCAAGAAACAAUGAUGCUAGAUAUAGAUGUCUAUUUCCCCCCAACAAUACCAUCAUGGCCCCAAAAACUAAUCACACAAGUUUACAGAUGCCUUCAUUUAUUCUUUCUCCAAUGCAAUAUUUGCCAAAAUGUCCCUCUAAGACGGGGGUGUCAAACUCAUGGACCGCAGGGCAGAUGUGCCAUGUGCUGGCCCACCCCUCACCCAGUUUAGCCCAAUGCGUCACAUGAAGCCGUUGUGAUGCUGCGAGUUUGACACCCCUGCUAUAAGACAAAUGGGCCACACUUUGCACACCAGAAUUAAUAGACACAAGUUUGAAGUCCAGACUCAAAACAAAGAGAAAGUACUAUAAAACACUUUCAACCUCCCAGGUUAUUUAAUAUCAAUCCAAAUUAAUAGACCCUAUUUCCACCACUGAGUGAGAAAUUGUUGAACUCAUGUACAUUGUAUAGUUUCAGGCAAUUUCAGAAGAUUGGCUUAUCCACCAACACUUUGGGUUUAAAACACAUUACAAUUGUUAAUUGACAAAGUAUUAGUAAUAUGCAAGUUGAAUUUGCAUAACUGACCUUUUCCUCCUUUUCUGUCCCACUAAAUUAAAUACUAAAAUAGUCUAGGCACUCAGAUGAUGAAGUGAACUGCAGCUCAUAAAAGGUUAUAUCUUUUAAUAAAAUUAGUUAGUUAGUUGGUAAUAGUGCUACCCUUUCUGACUGUUACUAAGUAAAUUGGCGCAUUCUGAAUCAGAUUGCAUUUUCGGUGUAUCAUUUGAAGGCAAUUUAAUUAGAGCACACAGUGUAGCAGAUCCAAUCAUGAAACUGUUAAAACACCUAGAGAAGAGAAUAAUUGCAGCUCAGGGUUGAACUAUGGGAUCCUUGAUGGUUUCUGAGCUUGGUUGUUUUCUUGCAG